ACGUCCGGCCGCGACGACUUCGCGGACCUCAGAGCGGCUCAGGCUGUCGCGGACUCCACAUUCCACCGGGACAAGCUCCUCCUGUGCGUGUGCGUGUCUCUCUCUCUCUCUUUCUCUCUCUUUCUCCCCCGUCUCCUCCUGCAAAGUGUGCGGGACCCUGUUUCUCUCUUUCUCUCUCUCUUCUCCGUCACGAUUUCACCUAGUUGGGCUACCGUGAAAACUAUUUACACGCGCGCAUAUACGUCCACGUACACACGCUCGCGCACGCACACAUACGCGCGUGCAAGCACGCCCGUACUUGUCCACACGCACUGACACCACCCCGAGUCGCUUUAAACAGCCACCAACAUGUCUGACGACGAGGAACAAUACUCGGGUAGGGCGUCCCAAAAGGAAUCUGGCGAGAAUAUCGAGUUUAUGAAGAGGCAAGAACAGAAGAGAAGCGACCUUGACGAGCAGCUCAAAGAAUACAUAGCGGAAUGGCGAAAGCAGAGAACCAAGGAGGAGGAGGAGCUGAAGAGAUUAAAGGAAAAGCAAGCCAAACGCAAGGUCACCCGCGCGGACGAGGAGAAGAGAUUGGCCCAGAAGAAGAAGGAAGAGGAGGAACGUCGCCAACGUGAAAUUGAGGAGAAGAAACAACGUGACAUCGAAGAGAAGAGAAGGCGUCUGGAGGAAUCGGAAAAAAAGCGACAGGCUAUGAUGCAAGCAAUGAAAGAUCAGAGCAAAGCAAAAGGUCCAAACUUUACUAUCCAGAAGAAGGAUCUUUCGGGUAAUCUUACAUCGGCACAACUUGAGCGUAACAAGACGAAAGAGCAGCUCGAGGAGGAAAAGAAGAUCUCCCUUAGCAUUCGCAUCAAGCCCUUGGAAAUCGAAGGUCUGGCCAUUGAAAAGCUCCGUACUAAGGCUACCGAAUUGUGGGAGGCCAUAGUCAAACUUGAAACCGAAAAGUACGAUCUGGAGGAGCGACAAAAGCGUCAGGACUACGAUCUUAAAGAGCUGAAGGAACGUCAGAAGCAACAACUGAGGCACAAAGCCUUGAAGAAGGGUCUCGAUCCCGAGGCGUUAACUGGCAAAUAUCCCCCGAAAAUCCAAGUCGCCUCCAAGUACGAGCGUCGCGUCGAUACCAGGUCCUACGACGACAAGAAGAAACUUUUCGAGGGCGGUCUGACUGAACAGCUGAAGGAGACCAUGGAGAAGCAGUGGGCCGAACAGAAGCAACAGUUCAUGGGUCGUCAGAAGACGAAGUUACCUAAGUGGUUCGGUGAGCGACCGGGCAAGAAGGCGGGCGAUCCCGAAUCACCAGAGGGCGAGGAGGACGUGAAGGCUGCCGUCGACGACGACCUCGAGGAGCCGCAGUUCGACGAAGAGGAGGAGGAGGAGGUCAAGGAGGAAGGUGAGGAGGAAGAGGAGGAGGAGGAGGAAGAGGAGGAGGAGGAGGAGGAGGAAGAAGAGGAGGAGGAAGAGGAGGAGGAGGAAGAGGAGGAAUAAAUCCUCCGGCGUCGCUUCGGCGCAUCUAUACGGAUGUUAAGGAAAAGCGUAUCUCAAAAGUUUCAAAAAAUAAUCGUUGCACAGUCUCGUUAACACUUUUCGAACAAAGAUCGAGCGUAGUCAGUGGCCAAGUCGGUAGAUAUGCCUACAACGUCGACGAUCUUCCAUCUACUUCCGUAAAAACCGUCGCGGACUCCUCAACUUCGAGAUACGAAGAACGUCGAGGUGGACGAGACGGACGACGGAUGCUGCUUCUGUAGUAAACCACACAUUCUACUACUGUCACUUGUACGGCCGCUACUGCUACUCUACUAUUAUCUAUUAUUAAACUACUACUACUCCUAUUGUUACUAUUGCUACUACUACUUCUCUACUAUUAUUAUUACUAUUAUUAUUAUUAUACUGUACAAACGCAGGCACACAAAUUAUUAAAAUAAAACGAUUUAUCAUAUAAAGCCCGUCAUUCUUUGAAAA